GCUCCCCCCUCCUCCCUUCAAUCAUAGAUAUCUAACUUUUUGAAUAUUUUUGAGAACUAGCUUGGUUUUAAUCAUGGAUGAAAUUGAAGUUCCUCGAUAUUUCAUCUGCCCAAUAUCCCUUCAGAUCAUGAAAGAUCCGGUAACUACUAUUACAGCCAUUACAUACGACCGAGAUAGCAUUGAGCACUGGCUAUUCACCAGCAACAACACCACUUGCCCAGUCACUAGACAACCGCUCCCAAGCGACUCUGACCUAACCCCAAAUCACACCCUUCUGCGUCUAAUCCAAACUUGGUGUACCCAAAAUGCCUCGCAUGGUAUUCAUAGGAUUCCCACCCCUAAGCCACCGCUUGACAAGUUUCAAGUCCUUAGGCUCCUCAAAGACCUCGAUGACCCCAAGCUUCAACUUGGAAAGAUCAAGGAAUUGGAAUUUCUAGCAUCACAGAAUGAAAGGAAUAAAAAGUUUUUACUACAGGCUGGUGUGCCAAAGGCCAUGAUCCUGUUCAUAUUUAAUUGUUUUAGAAAAGGCCAAAGUGAUAAAGGUCUAGAAGAAGCUUUAAGCUUACUUCAGUUUGUUAACGUUCCAGAAGAGGAUAUAAAGCUUCUUCUAGCGGAAAACGAUCAAAUAUUGGAUUCUCUAACGUGGGUUUUAGGCUGUGAGGUGAAAAAUUCUAUUGCUGUGAAAUCUCGCGCAGUAAUAGUGCUCAAAACCAUCAUGCAGAAAGCUAGCUCCACAGUAAUGGAAAGACUGAAACCUGCACUGUUUGAAGGGACUGUGAAGAUUUUACAAUGUGGGACUACUCAACAAGGCUUGGAUGCUGCGCUUCAAGUCUUGUUAAGUGCUUGCCAAUGGGGAAGAAACAGGAUCAUGAUUGUGGAAAGUGGUGCAGUUUUUGAACUCAUAGAGAUUGAAUUAAAGGCACCUGAGAAGAGGAUCACAGAGCUCAACGUGGAGAUACUAUUUCACCUGUGUUCUUGUGCCGAUGGAAGAGCUCAGUUUCUUAGUCACAAAGGCGCCAUUGCUUUGUUGACGGAGCGAAUCUUCACGAUUUCAUCAGUGGUGGAUGACCGAGCCAUAUUUAUUCUUUCUUUGGUGUCUAUGUUCUCUGCCACACCUGUGGUCCUUCAAGAAAUGGUGGAGUUUGGAACUGUGUCAAAGCUUCGUAGGUUGCUUCAGAGUGAUCAUGGCACCUAUCUUAAAGAUAAAGCAAAGAAAAUCCUUAAUUCUCAUGCUCAAGUUUGGAAAAUUACUCAUUGCAUUGAUUUCUUAUCGUGA